GCCCUGUGUCAUUAAUACACAAAUCGUUUGAAGCUCUUUAACUUACAAUAAGGAGUGUGAAUAUGUUGGAUACAGCAUUAUGUAGUGCAACCCAUAAGCCUUUAUCCAACAUACCUUAGAGGGAUGGUACGUGUCAUCUCGGUCCAUCACUUCACCCGCCAAGAUGUGGCAGGGUUGGAGCGCUCCGGUGGACGGGGUGUCACCAGAGGAAAAGGAGACAUAUUGCUGGUUGGAGGAGAACACAGCGUAGACAUACGUGACCUAAAGUUAGGUGGAAUUCUUCAGAGCAGCUUCCCAACGGUGGAUCUAGUGCACCAGCUGGUUUACUGUGAGACAGGGAACUUUGUAGUUACUUUAGAGACAAAGCCAGCAAGACAUGGUGGUGAUCACAGAUAUGUGCGAGUUUACCUGCACUGGGAUCAAGACAACACCAAUCAGCCCAUGAGGGCACGAAUUGCUGGACGUGUCACUCCUAGCAGCCAGUCAGGUGUUACUAAUUUGGAAAUGGUUGAAAUUCCACUAAGAAAACCUGCAGAAUUUAUUGCUUGUUGUCAGUCAACUGGGAACAUUGCAGUGGCUUGUGGAAUUAGUGUAACAGUAUUUAAAUUUUGCCAAAAAACCCAUGAUAUUUCAAAGAUAAAAUUUAUUGACUUUGAAGAAUUAAUUGAGUUAGAUAUGGCAUUUAUUGUUAAAGAAGUAGCUAUAUCUGAGGAUUUGAUUGGCUGUGUGUCAGAAUCAGAAGCUCAUAUAUUUCAAAUUACAAUAAAUUCCCAUUUCUUAAAAACUAAUUCAGAGGAAAAUGAUAUAAAGUCUCAGGAGAAGCGUAGUAAAUCGAGAUCCAAAUCCAAGACACGGUCAGCUUCUCGCUCACCAGGUCGGAGCAUCGAGUCGCUCAGCUCUGCCAGUAGACUGAGGGAACGACGAUUAAAUCCAAAUGAAGAAUGUUUGGCAUCUGUCAGAGAUUCUGAUGAUUACGUGGACUUGAGCGAGCUGACGUGGGUUCCAACACUGUCUUAUGGUCGGAAACGUCCAACUGAUGAUGACCGAUUUCUUUUGUUCCCCUCCCUUGUUGGAGCUGCACAGUGUGGACCAGUAGCUGAACCUGGUGAAAAAAUUGGUCCUGUCAGUUCUUCACGAUGCUCAAGUGUUCGCCUGAAACUUGUGAGUGGAAGUUCAACCCAGAAAUUACCAGCCAAUGUGUUUGAGGCAGUGACACUCAUUCACCGCCAAGCUGAUCACAACAACGAUCCAGAUAUUCCAUUCUCUAACCUCAAGCUUAUGGCUGUGUAUGACUCCGAGUCUGGAAAAAAAGACAGUAACGUGACUGCAUCAUGGCGAUUGACCCAUCCUCUACUUCCCUCGAGCUCACCACAUAAAGUUGGGGCAUCUAUUUUCCUCACGACUCCCCAUGUUGGUCAGUUGUAUCAUGUCACACUCUUCGAGGAUGCUUACAAGACAAGUGUUGUGCGUGGAGGUGUGUUCUCUUAUACUGCACCAGUGUAUUCUGUGGCACUGGAACCAUCACUUCUGCACGCACUUACUCUUACGGGUCUUGAGACGUAUACCCUGAGGCCUCAUCCGCACAUUGUUGUCUCCCAUCUUCCAGAGGAUCUCAAUAUGAUUGUACCUCCCCAUUGGGAAGAAACUGUGUGUCUUGUGGGACUGCGACCAUUCCUCAACGUGGAGACGCUCACCUUGACUGACUCUUGCCUUGCCCUCAUUGCUGCAAACAAUGAAGGUGGUGACAAAUCUCACACGGUGUACUCCCUUCAUUUGCCGAGUGCUGCUAGUCUGUACAAGGAAAUGGUACGAGUGGGUCGCAGCCAUAGAUCUGCCUCCCCAUCCACCUACCUGCACCUACUUUUAGAAGCUCACCUUGUCCUCACUACAGCCCUCCAUCAUGAGGUUCCACAAGUUCAAGAAGCUGAGGAAGAUCUCUACUCUCUUCUGCAGGACUCCUCAGCAUUGCUAGGGGAUUACUAUGCUCAGUGUGACACUGAGACUGAGUGGAAACAGGCAACACAGUACUACCAGGUGUCCAGCCUUAGUCCAGAUGCAGUGAUUGAACGCCUAGAUUUGCAGUGUCCGGGACUUGCUGCUGUGAUUUCAGCUAUGCUGCUUCACCCCAACACUCCUGUACUGACAUCUGCACAGGCUAACUGUGUGCUGGAGAUGUUUGAGAAGGCCGCACCUGAUAAAGUUUCCACUAUAAUCUUGAAAUCCAGUUGUCUUAUUGAUUACAAGAAGGAUAAGGUGUUGGGAAUUAUUAAACAAGAGUUGUCCAAAACAACAGAACCAAGACCAACUGAUGUCUUAGCCUUGGCCUUGGUUUUUCUGGAUCGUGGAUCUCCAGAACAGGUGUCGACAGUUCUAGCUUCUCUCCGAGCCUACCAGCUGGUUGUGGUGUUGCUGCAACACACUCGUCUCCUGCUCACCACCGAGGAGGGAGAAACUCGUCUCUCCCCUCUGACUCAAGUUUUGGCAGAGCACAAGAAGGAAGUGUUUACAGAAGUAUUUGUCUCUCUUAUUGGAGAAGGUACUCUCACUCUUAAUGCAUUUGUAGAUGCAUUUGUGGCUGUGUAUCCGAUAGUUUCUUGUGGGCCAGAGUGCAAUACUCACUCAUUGUGGCUGCGAGACUUUCUAGAGAAAUUUUUCCUGGAAUAUGCUCACAAUUCAGAGAUAACUGAUAAGCGAGAGAGGUAUGAUCGAGCAAUUACAGUACUGGUGAGCCUCUAUCUUGCCAGCCUUAUGGGAGCUUUUGGAGAUAAAUCUAAAGAAGACCCGAACUGGAGUGACCAACGCGCUGCCUUGAAGGAACUAUAUGCUCCACGCCCAAUCUUCUUGGGUCUGUUGCCACCCUUUAGUAAUGAUCAUUCAUUCCCUGAGAGUCGGGUCAAUGAAACCGAAGAUGGAGAAUCGUCGGAGGGCAAGACUGCAGCCGAGGCUGAGGAAGACGGGAGAAACCUGUCUUCCUCCCUGUUGCACCUUGUGGUGCUUCAGUCACUCCUGAGCUCUGAUCUACCAUCAGUUGAAGACCGCAAUAAUGUUCUCAAGUUCGUGACAUCCAACCCUACUGCACUGGGUGCUCAGUCCUUAAGAGUACUUUGUUUGGAACCCUCACAGCAGCUGGACUAUGUUUUGCAGGAAUUUCCUCAUGCUUUACUCCAGUAUGGAAAGGAUAUGUAUAAGUCUCCAUUGGAGUGGGAGGAGCUGGUAUCAAAGUUAAUCAACCACAAGUCAAGUCUCCCUGAAUCGGAUCCUUCGUAUCAAGUGUAUUAUGAUAUCCUCAAUGAUGUCUUGGGUGAAUUGGUGGUGGUCUCGCCAUUGGAGGUUUUCUUGCGUAUUAUUCCGAGCGCUCGCCAUGAGGAGUUGAGAGGACAUAUUCGCCAGUGCCACUCGGCUGCAUUGGCUCUCCAUCUUCGCAGCUCUCUUAUGACCUAUGCUCAUAAUGUCUUAGCACAAAUGACAAAAUGAUUUAUAAUGCACUCAGGACUAGUCAGAAUUGAUAUGGCUGAAUUAUUUGUGCCAUUACCUAGUACUAAAUGUGUGUGUUUUUAUGUGCAGUAAACCCUCACAACUUUGCAGCUCUACUAGCCAUAAAUUUAUAUACCGCAUGCAAUGCUUAUUUAAUUAUUUAGACUUGUGGGAUCUGUUUAUAUAUAUUUUUAUAUUUGCUCAAUUAUUUUGUGCCAAAAAUAUAGAAGAAAAGACAAUUUAUAUUAAAAGCUUUAUUUUAUUUCAUAUACUGUACUGUAUUGUACAUCAGAAAUGGAUUGAGGCUAACAAACUCAGCAUGGCGACAGCCAGUUAUGGCUUCCCUGCAUGUUGAUCAGUUACAGCCUCCCUGCACGUUGAUCAGUUACAGCCUCCCUGCACGUUGAUCAGUCACAGCCUCCCUGCACGUUGAUCAGUCACGGCCUCCCUGCACGUUGAUCAGUCACGGCCUCCCUGCACGUUGAUCAGUCACGGCCUCCCUGCACGUUGAUCAGUCACGGCCUCCCUGCACGUUGAUCAGUUACGGCUCAGGUCAGCUCAUGUGCCAUUUAAAUAUCCACCCUCUGAGAAUUUUUGCCCAAAUUUGCUUCUUGCCAUUCAUCAUUCCUUGUGGCUAUUUUACGUUGUGAUGGUUUCGAGGAUCAGUGUCCUGCGGCCUGGUCUCUGGCCAUGCCUCCUGGUUGGUGGUCUGGUCAACCAUGUAAUUCUACAUAUGAUCAACCAGGCUGUGAUUUAUACGUCAAGCUACGGAAGCUUGUAGCUUGACAUAUAAAUCACAGCCUAGUUGAUCAGGUAUUCUUUGGAGCUGUUUGUUGAGUUUUCUUUGGAAUACUGUGAGAGGUCUGCAAGUUAUGCCCUUAAAUGAAGUGGGAGCAUGUUGAAAAGUCUUGGGUCUUUGAUGUUGAUAGUUCUCUCUCAGCAAGCCUAUUGCACGUCUCCCUUUCAACAGAGCUAUUUUUCACAUCCUGCCGACAAUCGUGCAGUCAUUGUCAUAAGAUUAGUACUUAUAGCAACAGAGGAAAUAAAAUAUACUUACAUAAUUAUUUAAUUUUAUAGUAUUCAAAUUAUAAAAUAACCGUUAUCCUUAACAUUUAGGCUUUUAGAAAGUAAACUGUAAUUAAUAGAGUAAACAUUGAAGGUGUAGGAAAGACCCAAUACAUGAGUAAGCAUAAUAUUAAACCAAAUUAAACCAAUUAAUUUGGUUUAAUAUUACGCUUGCACCUGUAUUAAGUCUUUUGUUCACCUUCGUUCAAACUCUACAUAAGUGUAGUAAGUUUCUCCAAAGUAAACAUUUAUACCUAAAAUUCUGUGGACCACACAUUUCAUGUACCAUUUUUUGCAUCAUGCAUCAAUUAAUUAACUUUAAAAGAAAA